GUCAAAAUUACUAUGACAUUAGAAGAUAAGUGAUGUGAAUUGAUAUAAACUUUUAAAUCAAAUUUCAGUUUACAAUGAAAAAGAAGGUAUUCAGAAAUAUAAAUAAGGAUGAAAAAUCCGACGAUGUGAAACUAGUACAAGACGCAUUCGGUACUUAUUAUUACAAAGAUGGUAGUUCGGUCAAAAUAAAAAGAUUCACGUGGACGAAUCAAAACCGCAUACAAAUACAAGUUAUCAAUUACGGUGCAAGAAUAGUUUCCAUCAAAUAUCCAGAUAGAAAAGGUCAUAUUGAUGACAUAGUUUUAGGCUUCGACGACUUAGCUGGUUAUAUAAAUUACAGGCAAUAUUAUUUUGGUGCUACCAUUGGUCGUAUGAGCAACGUUGUCAUUAAUUCAAGCUUCAAAAUAGGCGAUAAACAAUAUUAUUUAUUGCCUAAUACGAAAGAUGGUCACCACGGGAACGGGGGUAUUGAAGGUUUCGAUCAAGUCGUUUGGAAAACCUGGGUAUGCGGAAAAAAGGUAUUCAUGACUCAUUUAAGCCCUCACGGUCAUCAAGGUUACCCUGGUCAUUUACUGGUACAAAUAAGCUUCGAAUUAUCACCAAUCAACGAAUUCAUGAUCGAUAUGGUAGCUUAUUCGACGGAACCCACUAUAGUAAACUUAACAAAUCUCUUGUACUUAAAUCUGGCAAAUCACGGUGCGGGAUCGGAUAGUAUCUAUAAACAUAUAGUAACUGUUAAUGGUAAUUGUUUCACGAAACAAGAUGAGAAUGGACUUUGUUCCGGAGAUAUAUGGAACGUUGUACAUACACCUCUUGAUGUACAAACUCCAAUAGUUUUGGGUAAAUUUAUGGGUCUUGUGCCGAAUGAUGGUUUUUAUCAAAAUAUGUGUAUUAACAGAGGUGUUAUGCAAGACGAAUGUUUCGUAGCUAAAAUACGAUAUCCACCUAGCGGUAGACUUAUAGAAGUUUAUAGUAAUCAAUAUGGGGUUCAAUUCGAUACGGGAAAUCACAUUGGCAAAAGAUGGCCUCCAGAAGAAAUUAUUUUACCAACACUAAUUUCGGUUGAUCCUAACGUUGUUAUGAAUGAUUUAACCAUGAAUAUCAUUGAUUAUUUGCAAAUUAAAAUGUUUGAACGAAAGAAAGAGAAAUUGGAUAUUCCUUACAGAAAUUUCAAAGAAUAUGUUAGACUUUUAUUGGAAGCUGGUUACGAACAAGUGGCGCCUCAUAGAACAUCUACAGCUUCCCAAAGACGCAUCUCGAGCGCUAGAAAAGAUUCAACUUUAACAAUAGUUGAAGAUAAUUUACAAAAAUUCAGUUGUAAUUCCAAACAAUUGGAAUAUUUGAAGCAAAUCGUAACAUAUCUCACAGAUGGAAAUUGGAGUAUGGACGUGACGUGGCUUGAACAACUCGUGGAAAAAUUGAUUUUUUACGGCGAAGCGAACGCCAAAAAGAGCCUUAAACUCGAACCAACGGUAAAACCUGUCGAAUCGAUCUCGUUGGAAAGUACCAAAAGUAUAAAAUCGGAAGUAACUAGUUUAACUAAUUCCAAUCCUGUCGUGCCUUCUGAAAAAGACAUUAGGUUAGAUCAAGAAAAACCUCAAUUGGAGCCAAGUCACGAAAACGAUACUACAAGGGAAUCUAUAACAACUUGGGAUACCGUCGAGAGUCAAAAAGCUAAAGAAGAAAGGAAAGAGAAGGUGAUUGUUAUUAAUAAAAAUAUUCCUUUGAAAAUACCUUCACUUGGACCACAGAAGAAUAUAAUACCUCAAAUAUAUAGAUCUGCCGAGAAGAUAAUUGGUAAAAAUGGCGCGCGUUAUGAAAGACAUGGAGGAGUGGCAUUUCAAACUCAAAACUAUCCAAAUUGCGCAAACAUAAAGUCGUUUCCCAGUUGCGUGUUGAAACCGGGAGAAAAAUACAGACAUACGAUUAAAUACAAAUUUUGGAUUAGACCAGGGGAUCCUAGUAAAUGGGUUAUAAAAAUGGAGAAAGAUAUUGCAGAAUUGAAAAGAAAAUUGGAGUCUCAAAUUGUUUAAUUUACUUUUUUGUUUCUUUAUAAAAAAAAUUGUUAGUUUUAAUUGAAUUCAUUAGAAUUUUAACAAAUG